AUGCUUGAAUUUCAGUCAUCACAACAACACAUGGGAUCUGUCCUAUUAGAAGGUCAUAUUGUCGAUAAUGAAAAAUAUGCUGGUGAUAGUUUGACAUUACUUGAUGAGCCUAUUCGUGACACUAUUCUUAGAUCGGCACGGGCUGUUGGUCAAAAGUUCGCGUAUGUUUUGGUUCCACGCCAGGGACAAGGACUAUUAAAAGAAUGGGAUCUUUGGGGCCCGUUAGUCCUGUGUCUUAUAAUGUCUGCACUGUUGCACAGCAGCCCGAGUUCAGGAAACACUGAACACGGCGGACCGGAAUUUGCUCAAGUCUUCGUCAUAUUCUGGCUUAGUUCAGCAAUAGUGACGUUGAAUUCCAAGUUGCUUGGUGGUGCAGUGUCAUUCCUGCAAACUGUAUGCGUUUUGGGAUAUUGUAUUUUACCGCUUGUUAUCGGUUUAGUUAUAUGUCGAAUACUUGUGCUCACAAGUUCAAAUUCUUUGUUUAUUUUUAUUAUCCGACUUUUGAUUGUUAUUUCUGGCCUAAUUUACUCUUCGUACGCAUCAUUCAUUUUUGUUCAUCAAACAUUGCCAAAAAAUCGUGUUGCUCUUUCUGUAUAUCCAAUCGUUUUAUUUUAUGUAUUUCUUUCAUGGUUAGUGAUAUCAGUUUCAAGUGUUUAG